AUGGAAGAUUUCGAUAUCUCCUUUGCAAUUGAUCAUAUUGAGGAAUAUAACCCUGAAUUUCCUCAUUUUACAAUCAAGGGUAAAAUGCCUGAAGUUGAUAUGAAACUCACAGAAUUGCAAUUGAGAUACAUCAAUAACUUACAAAAAUCUAUUACGAAGGUCUUCGAUUUGUCAGUUGAUGAUGACUCUUUAGAUGAUAUUGAGGAAGAUGCAGAGUACGCAAAUGCAGUGAUGAGACAUAAUAACAAAGAUAAUCAAAAUGGCAACGAUAUCGAAAAGUCGCUGGAUGGACAAGAACAGGAGUUACCAAUUGCUCAUCCCGAUCAUACGAAUAUUAAUUUCAGUUUUGAAAUCCCUAGAAUUUCAUUGACUCUUUUUAACAAGACUACUAAUCUCAGUGACUUCAGCUCGAAGCAACUUACCUUUUUGGCAAUCAACGACUUCUCACUUGAUUUUAACAUGAAGGAAGAUUCCACAUUUUCUUCAGAAGUGUCUGUUAAUUCAUUCACGAUCAAGGAUGUUAGAGAAGGAACAGAAAACAAGUUCACAGAGAUCAUCCCCCCUCUAGAUGACAACGAAAAACAAUUAUUUGUGGCCGCUUCUUCUUCCAACUCUGGAAGUCAACAAAGUAUUGCUUUUAUGGUAACAGUCGAAAAACCAAGGAUUAUACUAGCACUUGAUCACAUUUUUGAACUCCAAGCGUUUGUUAACAAAGGGUUGGAACUCGAUGCUCCUAUAUCUUUAGACAACGAGAGCAACUCUGAAGAAAUGACUCUUCUUGAAGAUGUAUCUAAUCUAGAUCAGGAACCUCAGCAAUCUUCAGCUAAUAUUGGAUUCUCAGUCAAUGUAAUUGAGCCAUCUAUAAUAUUGCUAGCUGAUUCUGCCAGACAGGAUACGGAAGCCAUUGUAUUCAAAGUGGAGCAGGUGAUGAUCACCAGUCAAAGUAUUAUGUCUGUUGCUGCCAACAACAUCGGAAUGUUUGUCGUGAACAUGGAUAAUUUUGCAGAUCAACGAUUGAGAAUCAUUGAUGACUUCUCAAUUUCCUUCUCCUUAGAUGAAAGGCAGUCAACACCUUCAAACCUACUUACGAAUAUUGAACUAUCCGUGGACGCAUUGCUUCUAAGAAUCUCGCUUCGUGAUAUCAGGCUUGCAAUGCAAAUAUUUGGCCGUGCGAACAACUUCUACAAUAUUGCCCAUGGUAUUAAAGAACAAGAAGAAGACGCAGAGUACAAGAUGUCAGAGAAUUUCAAGGCUAAGUUAUCUAAGUACGCGCCAAGCAUCGUUUCUAGCCUUUCAGGGCAACACCCCAAGCGUCGGAAACUGUCUAUUGCAGCAAGCCUUACGGUGAAAGGUGAGGAAUUCAAUGGUAACUUUGGAGGAGCACGGCUUGUCUUGAUUGGGGACGUGCACGAACUACCCGUCCUAGACAUGAACGUAAAACCAUUUGAAGUGAAAGUAUUGAAUUGGUCCAAUGACAUGAGCGCUGAAACUCAUCUUGAGUACUUUGUGAACAUUUAUAACUACGCGAAGUCAACAUGGGAGCCACUUUUGGAACCGUGGCCAGUAGCUAUUUAUGCUUCUAAACGGCUACUCCCGAAACCAAGUAUGAUGAUUGAUAUUGUCUCAAGACAAAUGGCAGAGUUUUCAGUUUCUUCCCGUUCUGUGGUUUUGUUGUCCCAAAUAUUCUCAUCUAUCACAACGGAAGGUAAUUCAAAGCCGCGAGAUGAAGUGACCCCAUAUGUCAUUGUUAAUCAAACAGGAUUUGACUUAGAAAUUUGGACUGAUCUGCACGAUGGCCUGAAAACAAAUAAGAAGGUGAUCCCAUCCUUGGGUAAAACGAAUUGGGCAUUUGAGGAUUGGAGAAAAAUUAGAGAGAAUCUUGACACUGAUAAUGUCCUGGAUGUUUUGGGGGUUAAGCUUCUUGGAUCAUCUUAUAAUGAAGUCAGCGGAAUUUCUGCAAGCGGAGUGGGUGAAGAAGUUUUUGUCUUAAAUCCUCCUAUUGAUGGUGUUCAUAACAGACUUGCUUGUGAGAUCACUUUGGGUGUGGACAAUGUUAAAACAGUUGUUUUACGUUCAACAAUGACGGUAAGAAAUAAAUCCGAUACUGCCCUCUCAGUGAUUGCUGUCAAAAAUAAUGGAGAUACCAGCGCUGAAAUCACAGUCCAGCCAAAUGAAACAAUUGCUUUGCCUAUUGAUUGCGUUUACAAUGAUAGAAUCAAAGUGAAACCACAGCUUCAAUCGCGUUUCAGCUGGUCCGCAGAAACUAUUACAUGGAAAGAUUUGAUGAAAAAGGGUUCGCCCAUAUCAUGUUCAUCGCUUGAUUCUCCAGGAUCAUUGUACUAUUUCCAGGCCGAAGCUAGAUUUGAGCAAGAAGAGCCAUUAACUAAGGUUUAUCCUCAUCUUUCCAUUGUAAUUUCGGCCCCGCUUGAGAUAGAAAACCUCUUGCCCUUCGACUUGAAUUUCAGAUUGUACGACAAGAGUGCGAAGAAGGAUUGGAGUGAUUCGGUGUUGAAAGGAGGAAAAACAUAUGUGCAUAUCGUGUCUCUUGAAAGCCUUUUACUAUUAAGUGUCGAGCCUGUGGGAUGCGGAUUUGGUAAGUCAGAGUUUGCGAUCAUAAAUGCAUUAAAUGAUAGCGAAUUCCGCAGGGAAAAAUACAUGAGCAUGAAGACUGAUGAUGGUCAAGUUGUUAGACUCAAGAUCCAUUACCCAAAGAAUUCUGCUAGAUCUGGUUUGAAGAUUGUCAUCUAUUCACCUUAUGUCAUUCUCAAUAGAACAGGUCAAGAUUUGCUAAUCAGCGAGGCCCGAGCAAAGGUAUCACCCAUGAAAACAAAAAGGCGAAAGUGA